UUUGGCAGUGUAAAAGUGCGUUCGGAUCAUUUGGCAAAGGCGAGAAAACCGAAGAAGGAACCCCAAACCAUCCAAGGAAACCAAAACCCCACCAACCGAAACCCAAAAAUCAACCGGAACCAGUGCCAAUCGAAGGUAACGGCCCAACAUCCCUACAUUUGGUCCUUCGAACCGGAUGUCUGGAGACAUUCGGCAGCCAAAAAACCCGCCCUUUAAGGAUUCAAUCAUCGCCAUUGAGAAUCGCACUUAUCCGAAGCACUAAAACGCCAUAAAUCACCAUUGCGCCACUCACCUUUCCACUCGAAUACAAAUAUUCGCCAUCGCCAAAGCCCGCAGCCGAUCGCAAAUUGGAUCAUCAUCACCACCUUGUGUGAGAACCCGUCACGAUCGUCGUCAUCAAUCAGCUGUUUACUUACUGCCGUAAGAAUCCAGAUUCCGACGUUCUUCAUCACCAACCCAUGGGCAAGGUGCCCUGGUCGGUCCAGGUAAAUAUACCCGAAUAGAAUAUGUCCUGCCGAAGCUAGGAUUCUGGAUCUCUACUACAAAAAAUCUUCAUUUUCACACGCGAAAAUUCGACGAUCAACUUGCCCGGCGAACGUAAACAAACAUCGAUCCCAUCACCUGUGCGAAUCGAGUAGAGACGCACACAACCGAGACACUACACUGGCAUCCAUCCCGAACCGACGACACAUCACUGGAAUUGAUUAAUGGUCCCUGGUCAUCAAUCACCGAAGCACAAUCGCAUUAGCUUAGCGUAUCGACACUACCAACUCACUUCACCCGUACAACACCACUACCCGGAAGAGUGCAGCCGUACGAGAUUCCUUUUUCGAAGGUGGAGAACGGAGUACUUGUCGCUACUACAGAGCCGGACAAAGCGUUGGAAACCACCAGUUGAGAUCACCGUUGGAAAACUCGUGGUCCUGAAGGACGAAAAUUCCCCUCCGGCCCAAUGGAAACUUGGGCGCAUAAUGGAAGUACAUCCUGGCAGCGAUGGAGUCGUUAGGGUGGUGUCCGUCAAAACCGCCACUGGAUACCUAAAGCGUCCUGUGGAGAAAGUAUGCCUACUACCACCAGCUAAUCAACCGCCAGACGAAGAGAACCAAAGUUGAGUUACAUUGCGUUGCCAUGUCGUCCACCCGUGUUCCGAGAGGUUCUUUUCUUUCUUUUCAGAAAUUCUACAAAUUUCAGGGCGGGGGAGAAUGUUGAGGAACGCACCAACAAGUUCCCUACCCCUUUUUGAGGUCGA